AUGGUGAGCCCCAAUCAGACACGGGUGAUGGAGUUCGAGCUGCAGGGGUUCUCAGAGCACCCUGGGCUGCGACUGCUCCUGCUGGGCUGCUUCCUGUCCCUCUACACCGUGGCACUCACAGGUAAUGCUGUUAUCAUCACUUUGGUCAGCAUCAGCGCUGGCCUGCGCAGCCCCAUGUACUUCUUCCUGUGCAACCUGGCCACCAUGGACAUUAUCUGCACCUCCUCUGUGCUGCCCAAAGCGCUGGCCAGCCUAGCAUCUGAGGCAAACAUCAUCUCCUUCCAGGGUUGCAUGGCCCAGCUCUUCUUUCUCAUCUGGUCAGCAUCCUCUGAGCUGCUUCUGCUCACAGUCAUGGCCUACGACCGCUAUGUGGCCAUCUGCUUUCCUCUGCACUAUAGCUCCAGGAUGAACCCGUGCCUGUGUGGUGCCCUGGCCAUGGGAGUGUGGGGCAUCUGUGCCCUUAAUGCUUCUGUCCACACCGGUCUGAUGGCUCGGCUGUCUUUCUGUGGCCCCAAGGUCAUCACGCACUUCUUCUGUGAGAUCCCCCCGCUCCUGCUGCUCUCCUGCAGCCCCACGCGUGUGAACAGCAUCAUGACUCUGCUGGCGGAUGCCUUCUACGGGUGCAUCAACUUCUUGCUCACCCUGCUGUCCUAUGCGUGCAUCCUCCGCAGCAUCGUGCGCAUGCGCUCCACAGAGGGGAAGCGGAAGGCCUUCUCCACCUGCUCCUCCCACCUCCUCGUGGUCUCCCUGUACUACACGUCUGUGUUCUGUGCCUACCUCAGCCCUGCCUCCAGCUACAGCGCAGAGAGAAGCAAAGUGUCUGCAGUGCUCUACUCGGCCCUGAGCCCCACGCUGAACCCCCUCAUCUACACCCUGAGGAACAAGGAGGUCAAGCACGCCCUGCGGAGACUCUUGCCCUUCUUCCGACGUUAG